AUGUUCUGCGGGACUGGAAGCUUCAAACGGAUCGACGGGGAGCCAGGGGCUCCAGGUUCAGCUCCGGGGUCGCCGAGGGGAUCUAAGAGGAAGGGCAACAAGAAUCCAUACUCGACGAGGGGGCUCGACAAGUUCUCGACCGUGCUCGCCGAACUCGAGGCCAGGAGGAAGAAGAUCAUGGCAAAAGUUGGAACGGAGGGCGUCUCGAUGGUGCGGUUCGUGUACUCGAACUCAGAAGACUGGAUCCCAAUCAUUGUGAAGCUAAGAGAGGAUGCGAAAGAAGAGAAAACAAAGCUGGAUGAUGCCAGGAAGCCGAAGGCGCUGCCGACGCCGCCGCCGUCGCCGCCGAGCCAGCCUACUUCAGAGGUCGUCAAGGAGUCGUCGCCUCCUCCGGUUGGAUCGAUCGACGGUAAGGAAGUUGCGAAGGAGGCGGAGCCAGUAACGGGGAGGAAGGUGAAGUGGUGCUUCACCUGGGGGAGGUGGAGGCCUAGUUAUUAUUGGCCUUUGGUGAUCGUGCUGAUAUUGGCUUGUUUGGUGAUGUUUGGGAGGGUGUUUGCCAUUUGUUGCACCUCCAUAUGGUGGUAUUUGGUACCCACCAUGAACCGAGGGAGUGGGAAUGUAAGGAGAUCUGUGAAGAAGAAGGACUAUGGGAGGAGGCCAAGUGAUAAGAGAUUGGGUAGUAGUUUGGGGGUGGCAACUUCUUCUCAGGCCAAGAAUGUGGGUGGUGUGCAAGAGAUGUCAUCACCUAAAGCCCAUAGAAAUGGGAAGAGAGGGUGA